AUGGCAGCUCAAAGUUCUCAAUUUCAAGAGGAGACUAGAAGUAAUUUGAGAAACACUGGUGCUUCAAUAAAAAAUCUAGAAGUGCAAAUGAGUCAGAUUGCUCAACAACUUGCGGGUUCGCAAACACCAGGUGCAUUACCGAGUGCUAUAGUUACGAAUCCAAGAGAGCAUAAUAAUGUGAGUGUUGUUACAACAAGGAGUGGUAAGGCAAAAGAAGUCCCCGAAAAAGAUGAUGAACAAGAGGACCAAUUGCUUGAAGUUGAGUUGGAGAUAAAAGAGAAUGAAGUUAUUAGUGAGAAGGUGACAGUACUUGAACCGGUAGCUAAAGAAAAAGUUAGUGAAUCAAAGCCGGUUGUCAAACUCCCGUUCCCAACAAGAAAUAAGAAGAAGGAGGAACAUGCGAAGAACUUUGAAAAGUUCUUGGAGAUGUUCAAAAAGCUUGAAAUCAACAUUCCAUUCUUGGAGGCACUUGAGCAAAUUCCCUCUUAUGCUAAAUUCAUGAAAGACAUUAUUUCAAAAAAGAGGAGCACUGACACUGACUCUAUUGUACUAACCGAAACUUGCAGUGCUAUUUUGCAGGGUAUGAAGAUCCCGAUAAAGAAAAAAGAUUGA